CACACUCUCUCGUCGACACGGCACGGCACGGCAGGAGGUGGCCGGCCGACGCCAUGUACGCGGCGCGUCGGAGCAGCAGCAGCAGGGUGGCGGCGGCGGCGGCCGUCGCCGUCGCCGUCCUCGCCGUCUCCCUCUCGCUGCCGCUGCUCGUCACCUUCGGCGCGGCGCAAGAGAUCGACGACGAGGGGGAGUUCAGCUACCGCCGGGACGCCGGGAACGGGCCGGAGCGGUGGGGGCUGGUGCGGCGGGACUGGGCGGCGUGCUCCGUGGGGCGGCUGCAGUCCCCGAUCGGGCUCUCCGACGCCGUCGCCGGGCUCGCCGACCGGCCCGGGCGGCUCGGCCGGUCCUACCGCCCCGCCGCCGCGUCCAUCGUCAACCGCGGCCACGACAUCAUGGUGCGGUUCAACAGCAACCCCGGCGGCGUGGUGGUCGACGGCGUGGCGUACCGGCUCCGGCAGAUGCACUGGCACUCGCCCAGCGAGCACGCCAUCAACGGCCGCCGCUACGCCCUCGAGCUGCACAUGCUGCACCAGAGCGACGCCGGCGGCAACAAGUACGCCGUCGUCGCGCAGCUCUACAGCAUCAGCCGCCGCCGCCGCGACAGGACCCUACGCAGGCUGGAGCGGUACAUCAGGAGGAUCGCGAGGAGGAAGGACCACGAGGAGCUCAUCGACGACACGGUGGACCCGCGGCGGCCGGUGAGCCGGAGCACCGUGUACUACAGGUACGCGGGCUCCUUCACCACGCCGCCCUGCACGGAGGGCGUCACCUGGGUGGUCGCCCGCCAGAUAAGGCACGUGACGCGGCCGCAGGUCAGGCUGCUGCGGCACGCCGUCCACGACGGCGCCAGGCGGAACGCGCGGCCGAUCCAGGAGGCGAACGGCAGGGGCGUCUCCUUCUACUACACCUCGCCGGGGCACGGCCGAGGAGGGCCGGGGGACUAGCGAGCAGUUCAUGCUUGUCGGGUUGGGACGGGCACAGAUCAACUCAAUCGUGUCCCCCGAACUGCACUGAUACGAUCUAAAAGAAAACAUUUGCAAUGAAACUCCUGGUGUUUCCCGUGCCGUGAAUUCUUAUUUUGGGAAAAAGAAUUAGAUGUUAAAAAUAAUUCCUCGUACUAUACAUAUUUCGACGACCGAAUAGAUCUCUUUCCUUACAUUAUAAAAUUUGCUUUACUUCUAUAGUAAACUAAAGUCGUUCGAACAUCUUCACAAGAAAAGCUCGUCUCAACGUCAACGAGAAGCUCUUCUUGAGUCACUGCACUCACAAUGUUCUUCUUUUUUGUUCUGGAGGGUUAAUUAGACAACCAUGAACUGAUGGUAAGAUGAAAUGGACGCCGUCGUCGCUCAACAUAUAUAAUGACACUGGAGUCGAUCGGAAUUGUACAUUGAUUUACCAUGUGCAGUAGUACAGUUCCUGGGUCUGAAUUAACAGGAUGGAUGGAUUACUAAUUCGUUACGAGCAGCGAGCAGGCCGGGCAAUGGACGGAUCAUGCAGCGCCUCGGAAUAAUCCUUCCCAUCAGCCAGCACA